CCGCCAUUGAUCUAUAUGUUCUGCAUGUUUCAAACACUAAGGAAGUGAAAAGCGACGAUAGUUUGGAUCCAUGGUGGAGAAGUUGAUCAUCCUGCAGGAUAUGUUUGAGAAGUUUCUGAAAAGUUUUUUUGUUUGCUCCUUUUGUGAAGGACGGCAGCUGUAGUCUGCUUUGAUUCACAGAAGUUACAAUCGAUUCUGAUGGUGACCCAGAGUUAUGCCUAAAAAAUAUAUCCAUCAAAACUUCUCAAACCGUUGCUGCUGCGUAAUCCGCUGUUGAUCCGCAAGUUGAAUAUUUUCCAAAAUGAAAAUGUGAUAAUACACACAUUUACAGUUACUUAAAUAUUCAGCUGUUAUGCUGCAGAAUGUUUUGUUAUUUUACAAAUAAAACAAUAUCAAACUCCCCCUACCGAGAUAAUCCUAUAACAAAACCAAAAGUAAGUUUUAAUAUAUGGGAUUUGUUUUACCCCAAAAUAAAAUGCAACAACAGGGUUUGUGUAUUUCCCCAUUAUUUACUCAGCCAGAGGCUCCCUCAUGCUAAUCACUUUUGGACAGCUCAACACCCUCCAUUGUAGAGAGGACUGGGGGUGAGGGGUGGGAGGACCAGGACCGGCCUGGUGUCCUGGCUCCGCUCAGUCGCCCCCUACUCAUGCUUGUUGGGUCCUAACUGGACUCUUGGGGUCUGGAGCUGCACUGCAGGGCUACAGGAGAUCAUUUUUCUCAGUUAAGGGAUUAGCGGUUGCUCUUCGUGGCCAUCAUUAGAGGGACCUGAAAAUUAGCCUGAUCCCCCCCCCCCCCCCCCCCCCCCCGUACCCAGCUGUGCUGUCGCUGGGGGUUGGAGGCGAGGAUCACAGGAGGCCCCUCCCCUCAUACUGAGUGUGGGCCAGCAGAAGUGUUGGGCAGUGUCUCAAGUUCUGUUGAAAACAAUUCAAAGCUCAUCUGUUUUACAAAGACGUGUGAUUCAGAAGAACAUUUUUUUUUUGUUCCCCUAGAACAACCUGUUACAUCAUAUUUAUUUUAUGUUCUCUGAGCGUAAUGGGAGGAAUGCAGUUCUUACACUCCCUGGACCAGAACUCUGCUUCCCAUAAUGAGGCACAGUUUAUGGAUUUAUGCUAAUCGGGGGCAUCUUGGUGAAAACGUUCUCCAGCCAAAAUGUUAUUAACAACUUUGAGACACUUUUUUUUUUUUUUUUUUUUUUUUCCAUCAGCAUUUUUUAAGGUUUCACACAGAUGCGCUUUGAAAAGGACCACAUUUCUGAUUGGGCAAGAUCACACUCCAUGGCAGCUGGUUCAUUUGCUUCUCAAGAUGACAGAUGGCAAAACACAAACACAAAAAGAGGGAGCCACGAUCAAGUAAUGAGAACGCCUGCCACAAUAAGGAAACUACUAAACAUACUUCUCUCACUUUUCCUGGUAAACUUUUGCGUCGCUCAGUGAAUACAAGAGGUUGAAAAACAAACAUAAAAUCUGUGCAUUUAAUUUACAUUUUACAAUGCUAUGCUAUCAGUUUUCUAAAGCUAGUGAGCCCGAGGCCUUUUUACAAAUGUUUAAUGACCGUUUUAUUGCGUAGCGGCAAUAUACAAAAUCUCAUUUAAUUUACUGUUUUGAGUUUAAUCUGCUGUUAACGACUUUGAAGUAGGGAGAAGAGGGGAAACUUGACUUUGUGUGAUAUUUGCUUACAAAAGUGAGUUCACGACCAGAAUAUUUUUUUUUUUUUCUGAAUGCAGGCAAAGGAGUAACUGGGGCCCUGGCCAGUGUUUUGCCCCGCAGAUGGGCAGCAGUGUUUGUGAACACCAGUGUGGCAGUUGGCAGGGAUUGAGGAGGGGGAUGGGCAGAUUGCAAUGGCACAUGCUCCAAUUCAAAUUAUCCCUGGACCCAUGCAGCAGUGGAGGACCUGCUGGGGCCCAGGGUGGCAUUCAUUAUAACCAGACACAGGCAGGUUUGGUCAGUGCCUCCAUCAUGUCACCAGUGCUAAACGCAAAUCAAAACCCCUUUUUUACUCACAUUACACGCUGUUUUACAGCAGAGCCUCAAUGAAAUCACAUUUUAUUUGCACAUGUUUACCUCAAAUCAUCAGUAAGUAGAUUGGAAUAAAUGUCAAGGAUUAAACGGCAACAAAACUGGGAAUGUUAUAAACACUGUGGGGGGAGGCAGGUAAAUAAACAUCAAUGAGGUCAUCAAGGUAAUAAGAAGAGCUUUUGAUGAAGAUACAGCAUAAUGUCAAAAGACUAUGUGAACACAAAUCAGAUUACUCAUAAAAUGUCUUUUAUAAGGGUUAAAAUGUUUUCUUUUGAGAUACUUUUAAAGCCGCCUGUACGGUGCAGUAUGUGUUUAUAAUCUGAUGGGAAGUUACCAAUUAUCUGUCUAAUUACAUCUGAAUUACUGCAUGAAAAAUGAGCUUUCUGUCAUUUCUAAUGCUCCCAAAGAGUUGGCGAGGAUAAGCGAGGGGAGUGCAAAUCUAAAGGCUGAAAAUUUAAUGAUCUACAUUAUUGCUAACAACUAUUGCUCGUCCUCGGGCAUGGUGAAGUUAAUUAGCAGAUUAUGGUGUUAGUGUAUGAUAUCCCGUACUGCCCUGGGUAGUAUUGGCCAGUGCAAGAAGUAGUUCCGUUUAAAAUAAAAAAUGUAUGUGUUUAUGUCACAUUUGAUCUUAUAUCUUCUGCACAUCAAUGGAAGUUAAAAUAAAUAAAUAAAAAGCCCAGAGGGAAUAAAUGUUAAUAGAGUGUUUGUGCCCAUGUAGAACUGCCGAGACUAAUCCACCAAAAAUAUGUAGUGUAAAAAUGUUCCUCUUGGCUCAUCACUGGACAUGUUGAUGGAGGGGGGGGGAAGUGAAAUUGACAAUAUCAUUGUAGGAGCGCACUAAAGGGGCGACGGUCCGCUCCACUACACUGAAGUAGGGAUGUCUACAGUGGGAGAAGAAGAAGAAGGGGGAGGGUACCACUUUGUCACAGGCUGCUAUGUAGAUUAACCUUUCAAUUAGUUGUUAUCAGGUCCUCUCCAUGUCUCGGCGAGAGCUUUCUCAGCCUUCGCUUCGAGAGAUCAAAUCCCACGAAAUCGCUUUUUGGAUAUGUCGCUGCACAUGUAUCCUUCGACGUUUCCCCGAUAAUGAAGAGGAGUAUCCGAGGGGGGGAAAAACUUGAAGAGAUUUGAUCCGGAGUUGAAUACAUAAAGCCUCAGGUCAGUCGGUAACUACCAUUGUGGAUUUUACUCGUGCCAACUUUUCCUCAUCACCGAUGUCAGACACCCAGGAUUGAGAAGACGUAUAUGGAUGCUGGCGUGGAGCAUAACUUUUUGACCUUUACAUAAGGAUGUGGAUGUAUCCUGGGGAAUCUGUAUGGAUUGCAUUUUUUUUGUGAGUCUAAUUGUUCAAUCAUGGUAAAACUUGCAAACCCUCUGUACACGGAGUGGAUUCUUGAAGCAAUACAGAAAAUCAAAAGGCAAAAGCAGAGGCCUUCAGAGGAGAGAAUCUGUCAUGCGGUGGCCACCUCGCAUGGACUGGACAAGAAGACCGUCCUUGAGCAGUUGGGAUUAAGUGUUCACGAUGGCUCUAUCCUCAAGGUUACAAAUAAGGGGAGCGCCUCCUACAAGGACCCAGGAAACCCCGGGAGAGUUGGAUCAAUCCCGCCUGCAAACGUGUCUGUGCCAUCAAAGGAAUCUAUAUGGAAUUCAAGUGAUCUGCGCCAUAUCGAUUGGAAUAAAAUACUCAAGAGGGCCAUCGAGGGCCUGGAUGAUACCCACGGCUCCUCGCUGAAGAAUAUCGAGAGGUACCUGAGGAACCAGGACGACCUCUCGACCGUUGUCGAUAACCCUGCUUUCCGGCAGAGGUUACGACUGGCGGCCAAGCGGUCGGUCAACAACAGCAGGUUGUCAAAAAACGGCCCGCGGUAUAAGCUCAGCCAUGGCGGUGCGGAGGGAAGGGGCUCCAGGUGUCCGAGUGCUUCCCCCUUGGUCCUGUCGUCAGUGACACUCCUCCCACAUGAGCGAGACCAGCUCCGGGUUGACCCCAUCCCAAUAUGCAGUUUCUGUCUUGGAACGAAAGAGUCGAAUCGGGACAAGCGGCCAGAAGAGCUGCUGUCCUGUGCAGACUGUGGGAGCAGUGGGCAUCCAUCAUGUCUGAAGUUUUCCCCCGAAUUAACCUCAAAUGUGAAGAGAUUACGAUGGCAGUGUAUUGAAUGCAAAACCUGCAGCUCCUGUCGAAUACAGGGGAAAAACGCUGAUGAGAUGCUGUUCUGCGAUUCAUGUGAUCGGGGCUUUCACAUGGAAUGCUGCAACCCGCCGCUUUCAAGAAUGCCAAAAGGUACCUGGGCCUGCCAAGUCUGCAGGCCGAAGGACAACGGGAAGAAACUGCUCCACAAGAAAGCCGAUCAGAUCAAACGUCGAUAUGCAAAGCCAAUCGGAAGGCCCAGAAAUAAGCUCAAACAAAGAAUGUCUGUCAGCAGUGGUGACGGCUCCAUGGUAGCACUUGGAGGAAGGGGGUCACCUGGUAGGGGUCAAAAGAUUACCGUCUGUUCCACACCUUCAUCUGGUCAUGCUGCAUCUGUGAAGGACGCCAGAGACAGAUUGGCUGUUGCAGACCCCCGUUGUGUGGUCGACGCCACCCAAUUCACCACUUCCACUCCCACCACCACCACUCCCCCCCUCACGCCCACCUCCACCCGAGCUACACUCACUGUUAACAAGAAAACCAAAGGGCUUAUCGAUGGGCUUUCCAAAUUCUUUACCCCUUCCCCUGUGGGCCGUCGCUCGCGAGCUGUAGCCAUAGAGUCGCCCGCCGAACAGUUAGGCUCUAGAGACGAGGGUCUGCCCGAUCUGUCCCCGCCACCAGAGCCGUUUGCCUUUGCCGCUGACGCCACUCAAGCGAUAACCCCCUCUUCCUCUGCUCUUCCCGCUCCCACUUUGCUGGGACUUAGCCCCCCCUCGCAGGUGUCCAGCAGCUCCACCUCCGCUAACUCACCCCAGAGCUCCUCCAGCCAGUCUAGUGUUCCCUCCCUGAGUAGUCUCUGCAAUAGCAGCCAACUUAAGGGACUGUUUGACGGACUCUCUCACAUUUACACGACUCAGGGACAGUCGCGGAAAAAGAGACUACCUUGCUACGCGCCGCCUAAGCGCAUGCAUCAUAAGCAGGAUUCUACCCAUGCGUCCAAAACGGGGCCGCAGCGCCUCGGAAAGAAUGAGUUUAGUAAAAAUAGGUUACACUCCACGACUGCUGGGCCGGGCCGACCCAGAGGACACCCAUUUAAGAUGGUCAGUCAUUUCAAACGUAAUCCCUUCCUUAAAAAGCACAGGACGCUAGGCAGGCUGAGGUAUAAAGUGAGCCCUCAGAAGGGAGCCCCCUCACCAGGAAAGGCAGACUUGACAGACGGAAGAAUUAAGCCUGAGAAUAAUCAUGGCCACAACGGGGAGCUGCGCGUGAAGCAGGAGGCCCAAGCCGACUUUGCGGCCAUGUCCAGAGACCACGUGACGGAGGAGGACAUCGAGACGUUCAGUCAUGUUCAGGAAGUCACCGUGCAGAGAACUGGAUCUCUGAUGAACACAGACUCCAUGCGGUGCCCGGCCCUCAUUGAAUUUGGGAAGUAUGAGAUUCAAACCUGGUACUCGUCGCCUUACCCUCCUGAAUAUUCAAGAUUACAAAAGCUUUAUCUGUGCGAGUUCUGUCUGAAGUACAUGAGGAGCAAAAACAUUCUCCAGAGACACACAAAGAAGUGUGGCUGGUUCCACCCACCAGCCAAUGAAAUCUACAGAAAGGAGGACCUUUCCGUGUUUGAGGUUGAUGGAAAUGUCAGCAAACUAUUCUGCCAAAACCUCUGCCUGUUAGCCAAGCUUUUCCUGGAUCACAAGACCUUGUAUUAUGAUGUGGAGCCUUUCCUCUUCUACAUACUUACAAAGAAUGAUGAGAAAGGCUGUCAUCUUGUGGGCUAUUUCUCCAAGGAAAAGCUUUGCCAGCAGAAGUACAAUGUCUCCUGCAUAAUGAUCAUGCCUCAGUACCAAAGGCAAGGAUUUGGAAGGUUCCUUAUUGAUUUCAGUUACCUUCUCACCAGGCAAGAAGGACAAGCCGGCUCCCCGGAGAAGCCGCUGUCAGAUCUGGGUCGCUUAUCCUACCUGGCAUAUUGGAAAAGUGUCAUACUGGAGUACCUUUAUAAGCACCCAGAUAAACACAUCAGUGUUAAAGGAAUAAGCAGGGCCACUGGGAUGUGUCCGCACGACAUCGCCGCUACUCUCCAGCAGCUCGGCAUGAUUGACAGACAGGAUGGCAGGAUUGUGUUGAUCAGAAGAGAGCGAUUGAUUCAGAGGCACACGGAGGGCCUGAGGGCUAACCCGCGUUGCAACGAGGUGGACCCCGACGCCCUGCGCUGGACGCCGUCCGCGACUCUCAACGCCGUCCUGUCUGAGGAGGAGAGGGAGGCGGAGAUGGAUGCGGAGCGGCUGAAGGAGCAGGCCAGUUGCUGGGAGAAGGAGGAGAGGGAGGGCUUCAUGAUGACUCACGGUAGCAAGCAACCUCUCACCAAGGUCCACUGUAAGGUUCCCUACAGGACCUACGAGCGCCGCCCCGCGCUGUCCUGGACCAGGCGCAUCCAGCAGUUGGAGGACGUGAGUGACGACGAAGCGGAUGAUGAUGACGACGACGACGACGACGACGACGACGACGACUCGGAUGGCUCGCCACCCAUCCUAACAAAAGCCCACGCAAUGCUCGCAGCCAAGAGAAAGAGAACCAUUGUGCUCAAGAAGAGAGGGCGUAAGAGAAAGAGAAUAAACAGCAGCGUAACAACAGAGACCAUCUCUGAGACGACUGAGGUGCUGAACGAGCCGUUUGACAACUCGGAGGACGAGCGCCCUAUGCCCCUGCUGGAGCGCACCUGCAGAAUGGGCGAAGAAGAAGAAGAAGAGGAGGAGGAAGAGGAGGAGGAGGAACAAGAAGAGAAGGCACCAAUUACACCAAUAAAACGGCGGAGAGGUCGUCCGAGGCUGGAGAAAAAUGCACGGAAAGACAAUCUUGAACACUGGAAUGAAGGGGCUGACGUCCUCUCUAAGAGACCCAGCAGACCCCGCCCAGUGAAACGGAAGAAAGGCUGGCCAAAAGGAGUGAAACGCGGCCCUCCUAAAUGGAGGCUCAAGAACGAACGAAAGAUGGGCUUCAAGCUCAACCUCUACACACCCCCUGAAACCCCAAUGGAGGCCGAGCAGCACCACAUUCACACCGAGGAAGCGAAAGAGGAGCCGGACCAGGAUAUCAUCAGUGCUGAUGAGGACAGCAAAGCCGGUAGAUGCUCGGCUAGUCCAGAUAUAACGCUCGAGAGGCUUCUCUCUGAGCCCCCGAGUCCCGUUGACCACGGCUCCCAGAAGUCCAGCUCCCCAGAAGGAUCGCCGGUAGCUUCUCCGGUGUGCUCACCGGCCGCCUCACCGGCCGCCAUGUCCCCCACGCCUGAGGACAUAUGUGAUUCCCCGGAACCGCCUGAAGACGACCAGCAAGAGCGUGAACCCGGGCAGGAGUCCCCAGCCAAAGAUGUGGAGCGCAGCGCAGCGGGUGUAGCAUCACUGGAGAAUGACAACGCAGAGGAGGAGGAGGAGGACGAGCAGAGAACGCAAAUAGAGGAUCAGGAUGCGGAUGAUGAAGAUGACAGUCACAGCAAGACGGCAGCACCUGAGAGCAGCAAAGCAGACCUGGAACAGAGUUCGAAAGAAGAACCCGAAUGCACCCCACCGUUUUUAGAUCCAAAAGAAGACAAUGACUCCGAGUUGAGUCAGCAGGUGUCUACGGUACCGUGCGAUGAAGAGGAACCGGCUACAGCUGCAGAAAGCAUCCAAGAGGCAGUGACAGAAAUGACAGUAGCAACACCACCACCUGAAGCAUUAGCAGUCGCUUCAGUAGCAGCUGUAGACUCUGAUAACCUCGUAGACUCUGAGUCGGAGGAGGAGAGCGCGUCAAGUCCUUGUCCGAAUCACCCGACUCCUCAGCCCGCAGAGCGGCCGACACUCAGUCCCGUGCUGAGGGAGGAUCCGCCCAUCUGUGCAGAGAUCGACUCGGAGACAGCCCAAGCGGUUCAGUCCCUGACGCAGGAGGCCGAGAGGGAGAGCGUUUUUUGCGUGGAGAGCCAGGAGCCCUGCAGGACCCUGCAGACCUACGCUCACGUGGCCCAGAGCCCCCAGCUCACCUCGCUGGAUGACUGCCCCCAGUCGGACCACAGCAGUCCCCUCUCCUCCGCUCAGUCACAUCCCAGCCAGUCGGUACGCUCCGUGAACAGCCCGGCGGUCUCCAUCCUGGAGAGCGGCUACACUCAGAUCAGCCCCGACCACAGUGCCAUCUCCGUGCCCUCGCUCCACAACAUGGAGACGAGCCCCAUGAUGGACGUGCCGUCGGUGUCGGAUCACUCGCAGCAGGUGGUGGACAGCGGCUUCAGCGAUCUGGGCAGCAUCGAGAGCACCACGGAGAACUACGAGAACCCCAGCAGCUACGACUCCACCAUGGGGGGCAGCAUCUGUGGGGCGGGCCCCUCCCAGAAUAGCUGCUCCUAUGGAAGCAUCCCCCCCAGCGGCUUGGCCCAGAGCAGCUGCGCCGUGAGCCAGCAAAUGGCCGCCGUCAACCCCGGCAGCUGCGGGAUGAUUCAGCAGAACAGCCUGAGCUCGCCGCCUCACUGCAACGUCAAGUCGCCGCAGGGCUGCGUCGUGGUGGAGAGGCCUCCCAGCAACAGCCAGCACAGUCAACACAGCCAGCGCAGCCAACACAGUCAACACACCACCCACAGCAGGCACGGCCCUCACAAUCAGCACAGCCAACACAAUCAACACGGUCCACACAAUCAGCUGAGCCAGCACAGUCAACACAAUCCCCACAACCAGCAUAGUCACCACCACAAUCACCACCUGCAGCACAAUCAGCUCAGCCAGCACAAUCAGCACGCUCAGCAUAGCCUUCACAAUCAACACAGUCAGCACAGCCAGCAGCAGCCCAUGGCGCAGUGUGCCAUACCCACCAACUUCACCACCACCAUGCAGCUGGCAGACAUACCCGAGUCUGGCAACCCAAAUUUCGCCCUCUAUGAGAGGAUCAACCAUCAGGGGGAGUACGGCAACGGGCAUUAUUCUCAAUCGUCCGGCCUCAGUCUCGCCAAACUGCAGCAGUUCACCAACACGUUUAUCGAGCACCCUCACUCGCUGCCUUUCAACCACUCGGCCUCACACCCCAUCACAUCUUAUGCAAACACCCCGUCGCUGUCGUCUCAGCACUCCAGCCUGGUCUCCUUGUCCCAGACCCCCUCGCAUCGAGUCCCCAACCCACAGGUGCAGGCCACCAUGACCCCGCCCCCCAACCUCAGCUCCUCGCCGGCCAUGAUGCUGCAGCGCAACAUGGGCAUCCCGCCCUCGCAGCGGAUCCAGCCCCAAAUGGCCUCCAAGAGUCACAUCUCCGCACGCUCCAAGUCAGCCCCGCUGUCGCACCACCAGCGACAGAUGUACGCCCGGCCGCCGCAGGCCGUGCCCAUGCAGGCGCCGUCCAGGACACUGGCCGCCAUGCCGCGCAUGAGCGUGAACAUCAUGCCGGCGCCGGGCUACAACGUCAACUCCAUGAACAUGUCCUCCCUCAACGCCAUGAACGGCUACGGCAUGAGCCAGCCCAUGAUGAACAGCGGCUACCACGGCAAUCACGCCUACAUGAACCAGUCACCCCAGUACUCUAUGCAGAUGGGCAUGAUGGGAACACAGCCAUACCCCCAGCAGCCCAUGCAGGCUCCACCACAUGGCAACAUGGUGUACACUCCAGCUGGCCACCAUGGCUACAUGAACACAGGCAUGUCCAAGCAGUCCCUGAAGGGGCCGUUCAUCGGGCGGUAACUCCCCAAAGGACUCCGCUGGUCCUUCUCAUGUGCAUUUAGCUGUUUAAAGAUGCACUGAUCUGGCCUUUUGCAUUUCUUUUUUGGUGUCCUUUAUUUCCGUUUGUUUUAUUACUUAAAAACCAGCAGCAGCACUUGGAAAGAAUGCAAAAAUGUUCAUCAACGAGUAGAUUUGAAGCUAAUGUUAAGUAUUUUUGUUUCUCCAGAUGGGAAGCCUUACAUCAUUACGAUGAGAAUCUAUUUAAUUAGUGUUAGUGUCUCUGAUGUGUCUUUAGAGGGUUCAGAGCUCAGCGGUAGAGAUUUCAUCAGUGGUCUUGCAGUCGUGUAGCAGCCUCAAAUGAAGCCAUUUAAUGUGCCUGCUACAAGUGGAGUUAGUGGCCGUUUGAACCUGUUCAGUGUACCUGUCUAACAGUGCUGACAAUUAGUUUGUACUAUACUCAUGCCUUUGUAUAUUUAAAUUAUUGUACUUAUUUUGUAAAGUGACAACUAGCAUGCUUCAGUCUCUGUUAGUGACAGUGCAUUGAGUAGUACUGUACAAGUGUUGUGCUUAAUAGCAAGCCAUUUUAAAGAUAUCUGGCCUUUAUUAGGUUUCCCUCCACGGGGAGAAAGAUAAAACUAUAUUUUGUUAAUUCUAAUAAUGUAAAAAAAUGUAAACUUAGUCCUGUUUUAUGUUCGGUUUGAGAGGUUUUAUUGCUAUGUAUGUAUAAUUCUGAAGUCUUUUGUAACAGAUCUCCUUGAGGCAGCUUUCUGUUUAAUAAAGCAGACUGAUUUCUGUCAAAAUAACAAAGCAUAUCUCAGUGUUUGUAUUUCAAAGGGUUCAGAAGUCUGGCAGAAUUUUAAAAGAACUAAAUGAUUAUAAUGAUGAAUAACAAUAAAGAAAAUAUAAAUUUAGUCCAAAGUUGAUAUUUUACAUAAUGCCUUUAAAGCUACAUUUUCAUUCCAUCUGUAGAUUUGUUUUCUAUCUUUAUAAAAUGUUGGAUUUAUAUUUUACCGAAGUGUAGAAGAAUAGAGCCUGUGAAUAGACCAAACUAAGCUAAUGGAUUGCAUGUAAAACGCUACUUGUGUUUAUGUUUAUAUUGCUCUUUUGUAGCCUUUGUACCUGUACAGAGUUGCUGGUAAGAACAGGAGGGAAAUACCCGGCUAUGUGCACACAAAUCGGACAGAAUGACAUUCUUGUAUUUAUGACUUUUCUCCUUUUGUCAGUCACUUAAAAUGCUGUACAUUUUAGCAUAAGAAUAAAUUAUGAUUGACCAUG